AUGGCAAAACUUGUCUUUUCCCUUAUUUUACUUCUCAUCAUCUCUACCUUUGUUGUUGAGGGUGCUAUUGUGCCUACAUUUAUAGAGUCACAGUGUAGGCGCACUCGUUAUCCAGAUCUAUGUGAGAGAUCUCUAGCAAACCAUGUAAAUCCAACAUCACAAGAUCCACAAGAAAUAGCUCAAGUUGCUUUGAAAGUGAGCAUAGUUAAGGCAGUAUAUACAAAAAUCUACUUGAGAAAAGUGUCCAAUGAACUCAAACAAAACAAGGCCAGGGAAUAUCAAGCAGUGGAAGAUUGUUUAGAUCAAAUGUCCGAUAGUGUUUCUCAGCUCACAAACUCAUUCAAAGAGCUUCAACGUAUGAAGAGUGCAGAUGCAGAAGGAGAUUUUGUAUGGUGUCAGAGCAAUGUUCAAACUUGGCUUAGUACAGUCUUGACUGAUACAUAUAUUUGCAUGGAUGGGUUUUCUGGUUAUGGCAUGGGUGGUAAGGUGAUGGCUACAAUUAAAGCUAGGGUUCUAAAUGUUGCUCAAGUUACUAGCAAUACUUUAGCUUUGUUUAAUGGAUUUGCAGCUUGGCAUAAGGCUAAUUCUAAUGGUGGUAGCUAUGGGAAAAAUGAGCCUUAA